AUGUUCUGGAGUCGCCGCCGAAUGGGAUCCAAUGCCCGACGAUCCACCGACAGGCCUCGCUCUAGAAGGGCACAGUGGGAAAUUCAAGAGCGCAUCAGCGUGUUAAACCGAAGACUGAACAGCAUACGUGCGGAGAUCGAUGAGAUAUACAGACGGCGAGACGAGAAUGAGAAGAGAGUGAGAAGGGCGAAAGAUGAAGUGAAACUACUGAAAGGUAAGAGGCGGCCAAAGCGAAGGGACAUCGAGGAGGCCAAAGAAACGCUGCGCAGGAGAAACCGUGAUUUUAAGGAGAUUAAGCGUGUCUUGAAACAAACAAAGCGCGAGAAAAAGUCUCUGACCAAGAAGAGAGAUCGUCUCAGCUUACGCGUCUAA